AUGGCUGCUCCCAGCGUUAAGGGAGCGAGACCCGGACCUGAAGUGGCGGUGGCGGCGGUGGCGGCGGUGGCGGCGGCGGCGGCCGAGCCCAGCGGGAUGAUGGUGCUGCCGGGGUUCAAGGACGCGGAUAGCUUCGUAAAGUUUGCUCUUGGAUCUGUGCUGGCUGCUACUAAAGCUUCCAAUGGGCUGCCACAGGCUGGAGAUGAAUAUGAUUUUUACCGAAGUUUUCCUGGCUUUCGGGCAUUUUGUGAAACUCAAGGAGACAGGUUACUUCAAUGUAUGAGCAAGGUCAUGCAGUACCACGGCUGUCGUAGCCACAUUAAGGACCGGAGUAAAGUGACUGAAUUGGAGGACAAGUUUGAUUUGCUGGUUGAUUCCAAUGAUGUUAUUCUUGAAAGAGUUGGUAUUCUCUUGGAUGAAGCAUCGGGAUUAAACAAGAAUCAGCAGCCUAUCCUCCCCGCUGGAAUGCAGGUCCCUCAAACAAUUGUGUCUAGCUGGAAUCGUAAGGCUGGGGAAUAUAACAAGAAAAAACAGUCUGAAACUUUCCGACUGCUUCAUGCCAAGAACAUCAUUCGACCUCAGCUCAAGUUUCGAGAAAAGGUGGAUAAUUCCAACACACCAUUUGUCCCCAAAAUCUUCAUCAAGCCAAAUGCUCAGAAACCCCUGGCUCAGGCACUCACCAAAGAAAGGCGGGAGCGCCAGGAACGCCCUGAGGAUUUGGACGUGCCACCUGCCCUGGCAGAUUUUCUCUAUCAACAGAGAACUCAGCAGAUUGAGCAGGAUAUGUUUGCUCAUCCCUAUCAGUAUGAACUGGAUCACUUUGCCAUACCAGAUGAAGUCCUUCAGAAGCCACAGAUUCAGAUGUACAAACCUAUAGGAGAAACACCCUGCCAUUUUGUAACCACUCUCGACGCACUCGUGGAACUCAAUGAAAAACUCCUGAGUUGUAAAGACUUUGGUGUAGAUUUGGAGCACCACUCUUAUAGGAGCUUCCUAGGUUUGACAUGCCUCAUGCAGAUUUCAACCCGAACCGAAGACUUCAUUAUUGAUACCCUGGAACUUCGAAGUGACCUAUAUAUUCUCAAUGAGAGCUUCACAGAUCCAUCCAUUGUUAAGGUCUUCCAUGGUGCUGAUAUGGACAUCGAAUGGCUGCAGAAAGACUUUGGGCUGUAUGUGGUGAACAUGUUUGAUACCCACCAAGCAGCUCGCAUCCUUAACCUUGGCAGACACUCACUGGAUCACUUACUGAAACUCUAUUGCAAUGUGGAAUCAAACAAGCAGUAUCAAUUGGCUGACUGGAGGAUAAGACCUUUACCUGAGGAAAUGUUUAACUACGCACGCCAUGAUACUCAUUACCUCCUCUACAUUUAUGAUAAGAUGCGCUCAGAUCUGUGGGACCGAGCAAAUGGGCAGCCAGCUCAGUUGCAGGUUGUGUGGCAGCGGAGCAAGGACAUUUGCCUCAAGAGGUUCAUCAAACCGAUAUUCCUGGAAGAUUCUUACCUGGAGCUGUAUAGAAAGCAGAAGAAGCACCUCAACACCCAGCAGCUCACAGCCUUUCAGUUGCUUUAUUCUUGGAGGGAUAGAACAGCCCGGAGGGAGGAUGAGAGUUAUGGCUAUGUCCUACCCAAUCACAUGAUGCUGAAGAUAGCUGAAGAGCUGCCCAAGGAACCUCAGGGCAUUAUUGCUUGCUGCAACCCCGUACCUCCUCUCGUGCGGCAGCAAAUAAACGAAAUGCACCUUCUCAUCCAGCAGGCCCGAGAGAUGCCUCUGCUCAAGUCUGAAGUUGCAUCUGGAGUGAAGAAGAACAGACCCCAGCCUGCUCCUGAGAGAAUAGAAAAUGCCUUAUUUGGCCCUCAUGAUUAUUCCCGGGCUCCUCCAGAUGAUUAUCUAAAUGUUGCAGCAACAGGACCUGCGCCACUUCAGAAGAGGGCAGCCCUCUUCUCUGACAAAAAUGAAAAUGAAACCAUGUCAGAUGUUGGCUGCCUUAUUGCGACUGCUGUCAUCACAUUAUUCAGUGAGCCUAGUGCUGGUGAAGAGAAUGAAGGGAGGCUGACCGUGGCCCAGAAGAAGGCCCAGAGCAUCAUGGAGUCCUUUGAAAAUCCAUUCAGGAUGUAUCUGCCCUCAGAAGAGAACCACGCUUAUGUCUCACAGUCAGCAAAGUUUGACCCAAUGUCGAAAAUCUAUGAAAUCAGCAAUCGUUGGAAGCUGGCAAGCCAGGUACAGAUCAAAAAAGAAGCCCAGGAAACGCUCAGAAAAAAAGCCGAGCAGACAGCUGCCCGGGAACAGGCCAAGGAAGAAUAUAAAGCAGCCUCCCAGCAGGUCAUCUCAGUCCGGCAGCAGGCUGUGCUAGAAAAUGCUACUAAGAAGAGGGAAAGGAUGGGGAGUGAGCCAGGGACCCCGGAGCCAAAACAAGAGAAGAAAAGGCUCAAAGCAUCCCAGCCCCCCCAAGAGCAGGAGCCGCCUAAGGAGUUCACCCCCUAUGACUACAGCAAGUCGGACUUCAAAGCCUUUUCUGGAAACAGCAAGCCCAAGCCAUCCGCUCAGUUUGAUCCAAAUAAGCAGGACCCGCCUGGCAAGAAAUGUGCUACUGUGGGCAAACCGAAGCAGCCGGCAGGGAACAGGAGCAAAUCUUUCGUGACUGGAAAAUCAGAGAGAGGCUUCAGGUACAGCUGGCCCAAGAGAUAGUGUUUGUGGCCCAGAGAAGAGAAGAGGAGCGCCUGGGAGAGGCCCAGGGAGAGAGCUGCCCGCAGGGCACGGAGGGCCUGUUCUGUCUGGACCCCUUGUUGAAAUAUUAAACAAAGAAUUCUUACUGGAAGGAAGCCCGUCUUCUCCUUUCAUUGUCAGCAGAGACUUCCGGAAACUCUCUGGCGUGGACGUAGUGGGGGUUGGCCAGACCCCCAUCCCCACAGCACGCUUUGCUGCCUGGGAGGAGGGGGGGCCUCGCCGAGCCACGGCCGGGCUCUGGCGUUGGUGCCCGUGAAGCCCCUCCUCUGUCCGCGCCCCUGGGCAGCCAUCGAGGCUCGGGAGACCCACCUGUGGCGGCCCCCUCGCGCUCCGGGCCUGCCUCGGCACACAGCGCUUCUCACCCUGAUCCAGAAGACCCAGCACGGGGCCUCUUAGGAGGGGACGAGGGGCCCUGUGGUGGUCCUGCCUGGGCCACCUGCCACGGGAGGGCGCCUGCGGGCUUCGGGCCCCGCUUCUGCCCACUCGGCGGCCCUCACCUCGCAGGAGUUUCCUGAACUGUUGGCUUCCCGGGCACUCUGCCGGCUUUUCUGUCAGACCUGUACUUGUAAGGCGUGCUUUUGUACCCGUUUUUCUAAGAGGAAAGAUGGGCCGCGACCCGGGCCCUGCUCUCACCCAGCUCCCGCCGCCCCGGAACCUCUUGUACCUGACUGUCAGAAGCGCUGGCCGCAGUGCUUGGACUGGUAGCGGAACCACAUUGGUUCCAUCAUUUAAUAAAACGCUUUUUCAAAACGUA